AUGCGUCGAAACGUUGCUGCGCUGGAGAAGCUCGUCAUCGUGGAGUCGCCAAACAAGGUGAUCAAGGUUGAGGGGCUGCUGAGUGACGCGAGCGUCAUCCCGGAUUGGUCCUUCAAGCAGGAGCACCUGAGGCGCCUGGGCGUGGGGGCCGAAAAGGCGGUGGCGAUGGCGACGACUGGGCACUUCAUGGCAAUGAAGGAGAUCAAGUGGGCACCGCGGACCCUUGCCUUCUCGGGGGACGCGAAUGAGACGCUAGCGCUGGGGGAGGAGCCAUUCCCUCCCAACGGCACUCUUGCAGAAUACACGCUCGAGUGGCAGAUGCUGCCUGGCCGCCGCAUUCAAGAAACACUAGAACGCUAUCUGCAGGAAAAGUUAAACAACGUCACCGAGAUUAUUCUUGCAACUGAUCCAGAUCGCGAGGGCGAACUUAUUGCUGUGCAUACCCUCCAAACAAUAAAACGACUGUAUCCAAAACUGAAGGUUCCGUAUUCGCGUGCGUACAUGCACAGCAUCACCGAGGAUGGAAUUCGUAAAGCUAUGCAGGAGCGUCUUGUAGAUAAGUGUGACUACGAUCUUGCGAAUGCAGCUGAAACACGUCAUGCGAUGGAUCGAAUUUUUGGGUUCUUGGGAAGUUCUGUGGUGCGGGCUGCCAAUUCGCAGAUGCGCUCCAUCGGUCGUGUGCAGACACCCGCUUUGAUUCUCAUACACGAGCGGGAGGAGAAGAAUGCAGCGUUUCUGGAGAAGAAUAAAACCACGUAUCUUGUGGAGGCCAUGUGUCACUUUCCAGGACCCCACGGCACCACCUUCUCGCAGGUAGUCACCAUCACCCCCGAUCUGAAGGAGGAAGUUGUAAGUUGGGACACCGAGGUGGAGGCAAAGCGGUGCUUGCAUGGGUGGAAACUAAACAGGUGUAGUGACUUCAGUGUCCCUUACGAGCCGCUCAUUGUCCCGUCCGAAGUGCCCCCGCCACAGCCAUUCACGAUGGCCACGGCCAUUGCGAGGGCAAAUCGUCAGCUAAAGAUGAGCAGUGAAACAGUAAGCAGCUGCUUGCAGGAUCUUUUUCAGCUUGGCUACAUCACCUACCCGCGAACAGACAGUACCCGCAUUGACGUGAGCGCCUUGACCGCCAUCUACGCCACCAUCAAGAAGGACUUUGGCAAGGAGAUGCUAUACCGCCUUGAGGACCGGACGGCUUCUGCGCCAGAAGGCAGGAAGUCCAAGCGGUCAGGGAAAAAGAAGUCCGCCAAGCAUGCCAAGGUGGCGGAGCACCUGGUUGGGAAUGUGGAGGAUGCACAUGAGGCUAUACGUCCGACGAGCAUUCACGCCGAUGGGAACUCGCUCUCACUCCCCCCGAUUACAAGGGCGGUGUAUGACCUUGUGCGCUGCAACACCUUGGCAUCGUUUAUGAUUCCCAUGAGGAGUGAAAAGAUUACCGCCACCGUGAAGUUUACCAGUGGCAGUGGAGAUAAACUGCGUGUUGUGCUGGAGGGGAAGCGUGUAGUGGAGCCCGGGUGGAUGCGCGCCUUUCAAAAAACGGAUACAACGGCUGUGCCUGCCGCCGCCACGACCACCACCACUAGCAGCACCAUCAUUAAUAACCGUAACGCCACUAGCGCCAAUACUCCCGCUGAAGAGGAGGAGAAUGAAGAUAUAACGGAGAAGGAAGGUGCUCCUGUUAUUCGUUCUCUCUCGCAGGAGGAGUUCAGGGCUAUUGCGCAAUUGCGUAGUACGUUGGCCACCUCGAGGCAGCCACGGGAGUUUGACUUGCGUUCUCCCACCGUCCGUGAGAACCGCCCGGUGCCACCGCUGCCGCACUCGGAGGGCACACUCAUUGAGGAGCUGAAGAACAAUGGCGUGGGCCGCCCAAGCACGUACCCCAUGAUUGUGAAGACGCUGCUGACACGGGGGUACAUUGAGGUGAACCCCAAAGGCCGCUGUGAGACAACUCCAAUUGGCCGCUUGCUGGUGUCGACGGCCAAGUUAACCUUUCCCUCCAUUGUGGAUAUUGGAUUUACCGCCUCCUUUGAGAAGAAGCUGGACCUCAUUGCAAAACCGAACCCUGAGAAGCGGCCGAAGAUGUUGCGUGGAACCAACGUAUCCCAAGCCGACUAUUUCCUCUCUAUGUUUCUCUCGACGUUUCUUAAUUACGUUGCGGAGGCCACGCGAACGCAACGGGCCAACAUUGUGGAGCGUUCCAUGCGGUUGAAGCAUGAGCAGCAAGAGGGAUCCGGCCAGGACAAGGAUGAAUUUGAGGAAAGUGUGGCUAAUGCGAGGAAGAAGGUGGCACUUGCCACAGGAGACUUGGCAGCGUUCCCAAAGACAUACCACAACUUCACGGCACUGCAGCGUGGCUUGCAUGACUAUCUCCGUCGCCACUUUCCCCCCUCGCGACUCAGCUCACUCACCCCCACCCUCACCAGCGCGGACGGGAGCAAGGCGACGAUGAGGAUGGACGGCGCUUCACCGCACAUGACGUCAAGAAAACACAAGUGGGAAAAGAGCGAGGAGGCAUAA